CGGGCCCGGACCAUGGCUCUGUACAACCCCGUCCCCCACCGGCAGAACUGCCUCACCGUCAACAGGUCGCUCUUCAUCUUCGCAGAGGACAACUUCAUCAGGAAGACCGCGAGGCGGUUCAUCGAGACACCUUUUGAGUACAUGAUCCUGGCCACCAUCACCGCCAACUGCGUGGUCCUGGCCCUGGAGCAGCACCUCCCCGGAGAGGAUAAGACCCCCAUGGCCAAGAGACUGGAGAAGACGGAGCCGUACUUCAUCGGGACCUUCUGCUUCGAGGCGGGCAUCAAGCUGGUGGCCCUGGGCUUCGUUUUACACAAAGGCUCCUACCUGAGGAACGGCUGGAACGUCAUAGACUUCAUCGUGGUGCUCAGCGGGAUCAUGGCCACUGCCGGCGCCCACAUGAACAUCCCAGUGGACCUCCGGACCCUGAGGGCGGUGCGAGUGCUGAGGCCUCUCAAACUCGUCUCCGGAAUCCCCAGUCUGCAGAUUGUGCUGAAGUCCAUCAUGAAGGCCAUGAUCCCGCUGCUCCAGAUCGGCCUCCUCUUGUUCUUCGCCAUCCUCAUGUUCGCCAUCAUCGGUCUGGAGUUCUACAGCGGGAAGCUUCACCAGACCUGCCUGCCGUCCGACGUCAUCCUCGACAACGAGACCGUGGACUCGUCCGAGUUGGCGUUCGCCUGCGGCGUGAGGAAGUGCCCGGAGAGCUACGACUGCAACGACACGUGGAUCGGACCCAACGACGGCAUCACGCAGUUCGACAACAUCCUGUUCGCCGUGCUCACCGUGUUCCAGUGCAUCACCAUGGAGGGCUGGACGGCCGUGCUCUACAACACCAACGACGCCUUGGGAAUGACGUGGAACUGGAUGUACUUCAUCCCGCUCAUCAUCAUCGGCUCGUUCUUCGUGCUGAACCUGGUGUUGGGAGUCCUGUCGGGAGAAUUUGCCAAAGAGAGGGAGCGGGUGGAGAACAGGCGGGCCUUCAUGAAGCUCCGCCGGCAGCAGCAGGUGGAGAGAGACCUGAACGGCUACCGGGCCUGGAUAGACAGGGCAGAGGAGGUAAUGCUGGCGGAGGAGAAUAAAAGUUCUGGGAGAUCCCCGUUAGAUGUGCUGAAGAGAGCGAGCAAGAAGAAGACCGGCGCCCGCCGAGGAGCGCCGGGGGACGAGAAGUACACGGACACGUCCACCGCCAACAUGUCGCGGUCGAGGAUGAACUUCCGCAGCGGCCGGCGAGGCCCCGCCGCCUACAUGCGUCGGAAGGAGCGCAUGCUGCGCAUCUCCAUCCGCCGCAUGGUGAAGACAGACACCUUCUACCUGAUGGUGCUCAGCCUGGUGGCCCUCAACACCAUCUGCGUGGCCAUCGUCCACCACAACCAGCCCGACUGGCUGACCGUCUUCCUCUACUAUGCAGAGUUUGUUUUCCUGGGGCUGUUUUUGGCUGAGAUGUUUUUGAAAAUGUACGGUCUGGGCUUCCGGCUCUACUUCCACUCAUCUUUCAACUGCUUCGACUGCGGGGUCAUCGUCGGCAGCAUCAUCGAGGUGGUUUGGAGCUUCUUCAGGCCCGGCAUGUCCUUUGGGAUCAGCGUCCUGAGGGCCCUGAGACUUUUGAGGAUUUUCAAAAUCACUAAAUACUGGGCCUCUCUCAGGAACCUGGUUGUGUCCCUCAUGAGCUCCAUGAAGUCCAUCAUCAGCCUGCUGUUUCUCCUCUUCCUCUUCAUCGUGGUGUUCGCUCUGCUGGGCAUGCAGCUGUUUGGAGGAAGGUUUAUCUUUGAAGAUUACACUCCCACCAACUUUGACACGUUUCCAGCUGCCGUCAUGACCGUGUUCCAGAUUCUGACUGGGGAGGACUGGAACGAGGUGAUGUACGACGGGAUCCGCUCGCAGGGCGGCGUGCAGUACGGCAUGUGGUCGUCCAUCUACUUCAUCGUGCUCACCUUGUUCGGAAACUACACCCUGCUGAACGUCUUUCUGGCCAUCGCUGUGGACAACCUGGCCAACGCACAGGAGCUGACGAAGGACGAAGAGGAGGAGGAGGAGUUCUUCAACCAGAGAUAUGCCAGAGGCAGAGACGGCCUGAUAUCUGACGGGAGGAGGAGGCCCUACCUGUACAGGAAACGAGCCAUCCACCGAGGCCGGCCCAACUUCCCGGAGGAGCCCGAUGACAAGAUGGCGGCCGCGGACGAACCGCCGCCCAAGGGCCCCAACGCCUUCGUCAGCCGGCGCGAGAGGAGGAGGAAGGUGCACAUGUCGGUGUGGGAGCAGAGAGCCAACCAGCUGCGCAAACGCCGGCAGAUGGCCAGCAGAGAGGAGCUGAUCGCCAGCCCUCCGGAGGACGGCGCCGAAACUCCCGCCCUCGGCCCGGAGGGCGGCCCGGCUCACCCGCCGGAGUCCUCCGCGGCCGGGGGGGCCCCCCUCUCCGAGGCCUCGACUUCGGUCGCCGUCCCCAUCCCCGAGGGGACCGAGCCUCUGGUGAACCUGAGCGAGGAGAAACCGGGAGGAGGAGCCAACCACCGGGCCCUGUGCAGGGGCCGCCACAGGAUGGCCCGCAAGUUCAGACCGGGUCAGGGGCCGGACGACGGAGGGGCCCGACACAGGCGGCACCGGCACCGCGACGCCCGCGCCGAAGCCAAGAGUCUGGACUACGCGGAGUCGCCGCACGAGGCGCCGCUCGUCAGGCGGUCGCACAGCCAGGAGAGGGAGGAGGAGGAGAGGGAGGAGAAGGACCACAAAGAGGAGGAGAAGAAGAAAGAGGAGGCGGAAGGAGGAGCAGCGCCAGAGGACGGCGGAGCGGGCAUCGUCAACCCGUAUGCAGAAGUAGGGGACGACUGUCAAAGAGACAUCCCCGACCCUCCUCAGUGUGAGCAGCUGCUGGGGGACGACCACGACGUCCCGGCGGAGGAAGGGGAGUUCACCGCGAGGGCCGCGGAGCCUCCGAGCCGCUCCGUCUCCGUCCGACGAGACGCGUCCAACGCGGCGGGAAGCGUGUCCAUCGAGAUGUCCGCGCAGCCGCUGCUGGAGCUCAUGCUCGUGACAGUGAACAGUCGAGAGAUGGAGGCAUACAGCUCCGAACAGACAGACAAAGAGAACGAGAUGGAGGAUUACGACAAUGAGGAGGAGGAGGAGGAGGAGGAGGAACCUCCAAUUCCUCCCAAACUCGCCGCUCCGGAUAGCAUGUUCAUCUUUAAAGCCUCCAACCCCAUCAGGAGGGUCUGCCACUACGUGGUCACGAUGCGCUACUUUGAGAUGACCAUCCUCCUCGUGAUCGUGGCGAGCAGCAUCGCUCUGGCUGCCGAGGACCCCGUGUGCACCAAUUCAGACAGAAACAAGGUGCUUCGUUAUUUUGAUUACGUCUUCACCGGAGUGUUCACCUUUGAGAUGAUCAUCAAGAUGAUCGACCAGGGUCUCAUUCUGCACGACGGCUCUUAUUUCCGAGACAUGUGGAACAUCCUCGACUUCAUCGUGGUGGUGGGAGCUCUGAUUGCCUUCGCCCUGACAAACAACAAAGGCAGAGACAUCAAGACCAUAAAGUCCCUCAGGGUUUUGAGGGUUCUUCGGCCUCUUAAAACCAUCAAGAGGCUUCCUAAACUCAAGGCGGUUUUCGACUGCGUGGUCACGUCCCUGAAGAAUGUCCUCAACAUCCUCAUCGUGUACCAGCUCUUCAUGUUCAUAUUCGCUGUCAUCGCCGUGCAGCUCUUCAAGGGGAAGUUCUUCUACUGCAACGACGGCUCCAUGAAUACGCAGAAGGAAUGCCAAGGCUACUACAUCGACUACGGCCGCGACAAGAAGGAGCUGAAGAGGAGGGAGUGGAAGAGACACGAGUUUCACUACGACAACGUCUGCUGGGCCCUCCUCACGCUGUUCACCGUCUCCACCGGAGAGGGCUGGCCUCAGGUCCUGCAGCACUCCACCGACGUGACGGAGGAGAGCAUGGGGCCGAGUCGGGGCAACAGCAUGGAGAUGUCCGUCUUCUACGUGGUCUACUUUGUGGUCUUUCCGUUCUUCUUCGUCAACAUCUUCGUGGCUCUCAUCAUCAUCACGUUCCAGGAGCAGGGGGACAAGAUGAUCCAGGAGUGCAGUCUGGAGAAGAACGAGAGGGCUUGCAUCGACUUCACCAUCAGCGCCAAGCCGAUGACCCGGUACAUGCCCCAGAACCGGCAGACCUUCCAGUACCGACUGUGGCACUUCGUGGCGUCGCCCUCCUUCGAGUACACGGUGCUCGUCAUGAUCGCGCUCAACACCGUGGUGCUCAUGAUGAAGUACCACUCGGCCCCGGCCGCCUACGACAUGGUCCUGAAACACCUCAACUCGACCUUCACCGUCCUCUUCUCCAUAGAGUGCAUCCUCAAGAUCCUGGCAUUUGGUGUGGUGAACUACUUUCGAGACACUUGGAACAUCUUUGAUUUCAUCACCGUCCUUGGCAGCAUCAGCGAGAUAAUUGUGGAUUUACAGUCCGUGAACACCAUCAACAUGAGUUUCUUGAAGCUCUUCCGAGCUGCCAGGCUCAUCAAGCUGCUGAGGCAGGGCUACACCAUCCGGAUCCUGCUCUGGACCUUCGUCCAAUCGUUCAAGGCUCUUCCGUACGUCUGUCUCCUCAUCGCCAUGCUUUUCUUCAUAUACGCCAUCAUUGGAAUGCAGGUGUUUGGAAACAUCAAGCUGAACGACGAGAGUCACAUCAACCAGCACAACAACUUCAAUACCUUCUUCAGCGCGCUCAUGCUCCUCUUCAGGAGCGCCACCGGGGAGUCGUGGCAGGAGAUCAUGCUCUCCUGCCUGUCGGGUCGGGAGUGUGAGCCGGACACCUCCAUCUCGCCCCUCACCACGUCUCCGGACCACGAGGGAGGCUGCGGGACGGACUUCGCGUACUGCUACUUCGUCUCCUUCAUCUUCUUCAGCUCCUUCCUGAUGCUAAAUCUGUUCGUGGCCGUGAUCAUGGACAACUUUGAGUACCUGACGCGAGACUCCUCCAUCCUGGGACCCCAUCACCUGGACGAGUUCGUUCGCAUCUGGGGGGAGUUUGAUCGCCUGGCGUGCGGACGUAUCCACUACACCGCCAUGUAUGAGAUGUUGACGCACAUGUCGCCGCCCCUGGGCCUGGGCAAGAAAUGUCCCGCGAAGAUCGCCUACAAGAGGUUGGUGUUGAUGAACAUGCCCGUGGAUGAAGACAUGUCCGUCCACUUCACCUCCACCCUGAUGUCGCUCAUCCGCACGGCGUUGGACAUCAAAAUAGCCAGAGGCGGCGAGGACCGCAUCGCUCUGGACAGUGAGCUCCAGAGAGAGAUCAGUAUCGUUUGGCCUUAUCUGCCCCAGAAGAACUUGGACCUCCUGGUACCGAUCAACAAAGACACGGACAUGACGGUGGGGAAGAUCUACGCCUCCAUGAUGAUAAUGGACUACUUCAAACUCAACAAGGCCAAGAAACUACGGCAACAACUUGAAGCUCAGAAGAGUAGCUUGAUUUUCCAGCGUCUGGAUGCCUCCGCGCUGCCGGAGGACAUCCUGUCCGACACCACCGCGCCGCCGAUGCCGGCCCACAGCGCCGUCUCGGCCCUGACCAGAGGAGGCUUCGUGGCUCUCAACCCCAUCUCACCUCAGGACCUGUUUCUGCCCAUCAGCUCCGACGCCGACGCCGACGCCGCCGAGCAGCAGAAUCCGCGCUCGGGCUCCGUGAAGCGCUCGGCCUCCAGCGCGGCAGGUCAGCGGGUGAACGGUCUGUGGAAGGAGGAGGAUGAGGAGGAGGAGGAGGAGGAAGAGGAAGAGAAAAGUCCGGAGAGAGUUUAUCGACCUCGUCACAAAAGCUACAAGGCCGCCGUGUCCCGCUCGGAGCACUGGAAGCAGGGCGACAGGGAGCGCGGCCGAUCCAAGGAGCGCUGCCACCUCCUUUCUCCGGACGCCUCUCGCUGCAACUCAGAAGAAAGAAGUUUGCAGCCCUCUCGAUCUUCGAGCGCCGAGAGAGCGCGCGCCCAAGAUAAGCAGGGCAACAGCUCCGACAGCCCGGUGCCCUCCACCUCCGAGUCCAGCACCCCGAGCGCCCGACGACCCGGAUCGCAGACCCGCUCUCGCCCUCACAUCUCCUACUCCCCGCUGCACCCCUCCGUCGGCGGCGACGACGACGACAAACAGGGCGGCGGCGGCGCGAAGACCGCGAGGCGGGGGGGCAAGCCCAACAGGAAGAGCCAGGAGGGGGCGGCGGCGGCGGCGGGCGCGAGGCGGCGCGACGCAGACCGAGAGCCGUCCCCGCCCCGACGCUACCCCUCCGAGCCGUUCCUGGCCCCGCAAGAGGGCGAACACAGCCCGGACCCCUCCGGCCCCGUGGAGACGUUGACCUUCGAGGCGGCGAUGGCGUGCAGCCUGGGGCGCUCGAACACCGUCAGCUCGGGACACCCGCGCCUGCGGAGCGGCUGGCAGGUCCCCAACGGACACGUUCGUAAGCGGCUGGCGCAGACCACCUCGGUCACGGGCUGCGACGCUCUCAGUGACACGGAGGAGGACGACCGUUGCUAGGCGACAGGACGCACGGGCGUGAAGGGGGAGGAGUCCCAGAAGGUCGACGUGACUCUUUUUGCAUCGGGGGCUUCGAGACCACGAGCCCUCCGGAUGUUUGAUAAGAUGUGAACCCAAAAGAAAAGAACAAUACUUCCUGAAACUGUAGUUGCCAAUUCACACGGAACACUGACAAUAAAUAAGGUCUAUUUCCUGAUACGCACUUGACGACGGAGAGUAAUAACACACCUCAGAUAGUUGUAGGUAUUUUCAUUCCUGAAGAUGUUUCUAAUGAUUCAUUGUUGCUCUUAACAGUAUUUAUCUGUGGGGUGUGUGAAUAUGUAACUACAUUUUCUUAUAAAUUAAUGUUUUGUAAAUACGAUGUACAUCACACCAUUUAUGUUUCCAUAACAUGACAUUAGACCAGAUCAAUAUAAAAAGCCAUGACGAAGAGGCAAUCUGAUAGUUUACCAGACAGUACUAAUACUGGAUACUAAAGUAAAACUUAAAAAUGCUGGAUUUUCUUUUUUUACAGUAUGAAUGAACGUGCAGGUAAAAUACAGCCUGAUUUCACUCACUUUUUUUGUAUUGAACAUAAGUUGAGAGACAUGAACACAGUUAUAGAAUAACAUAAGAUGCUUAUUUGUUAAUCCUGCGACCGACGAGAUUCAAACCUUUAAAAUGAUCCUUUAAAAUAGUCAUGUUACUAUUAUCUUUUCCAGUCUACACCCUUUAAAUGAGAACGUUCCCGACAAUCAUAUGAAGCAUUUUAAUUACUGGGCGUGUAAUUUUACUGUGAACUGAGACAAAAUCUCUCAUCGUUUUCCACCUUUUUCUUCCCUGUGAAUAUUAUGUGAACCAUUGCAGACGAUGACUGUAGAAACACUGUAGACACCCCAUGACACGUGUUUCACACAUUUACAUUACUCUAACUAACUUACUAAUAAUGUACACAGGAAUUAUGCUGUUUGUAAUAUUUAGAGAAAAAAUUUAAAUACACAGUAUCAGAAAUUUUCAUUUUAAGGCUUGUGUUUUGGGUUUUUUUUUGCCUGAAGGACAAUUCUGUGAAACUCACUUAACCAAAAACAUGGAGAUGUGUACCAUAAGUACCUGGAAUGCAAAUACUGUGUGGGUUUUUAUGUGUACUAUAGCUGUAUAUACAAAUAAAGGUGUACACAAGCUG